AGUAGUAAGUGGGUGUGUCACUUGACAUAUAAAUACCUCGAGUGAGUUCAUCUUGACGUAAACUGGUCAAGGAAUCUCUUCACCCAUCUCUCCUCCUAACUCUUAUCGAUCGUUGCGUCACUGAAGGAAAUGUCUCUCCGUGGGACUGUUGUGCUCCUGCUGCUCCUGUGUCUUUCUCAGCUCAUCUUCGCUGCUGACAGCAUUAGAGAAGCGAGGAGCAAAGGAAAGAGGCUGGGGAGCCGAGUUGAUAAGAACAUUUCCGUACACAAAGGAAGGUUUUUUUUCAAGGACAAGGCGAAGUGCUCGUGGGUGGCGCGCGGAGAGGACAUCUACACCAUGACUGUUAGAUGUAAGUCUGGAAAUGAGGAUGGAUUCAGCUGUAAAUACACUGCCAAGCCCUCGACGUGCACCGAAUAUGGGUCUAAUCCUAAAGGUUAUUGGAAACAGAUAGCCAGAUCUGUCGCAAUACAGAAGACACUUUGCGCGGAUGCACGCGCAAUGAUUCGCACGGGCAUGUGUAAGCGUGCGCCGCUGGCCGCGCAUUUCAAACUUACGGAAAUUUCACAAGAGAAACCCCCCACAGAGAAAACACCGACGACCACGAGCACGAAGCUCCAAUGCACAGAGAGGACUGACCACAGCGAGGUCGCCAAAGAGAUGUGCGGAGAUUCCUGGGCGAGUCUCUGCGCGUUUGUCUUUACUAUAGUCCAGGGCGGAGACUGCUGAGCAUGUGUGUGUGCAUACGGGUGCCGGUACUUUAGUGAUUGCAUACUACUGAUAGUUCUGUUUAAGAUGUAAAGCAUCACGUAUUUUGUUGAAAACACACACACACACACACACACACACACACACACACACACACACACACACACACACAAAUGCACUGGAAGGUGGAUCAAGAUGAACACACCACUUGUAGUUUUUGCCUUGACCAUAGUGGCACAAACUUUAAUCUUAACACGUUUAUUCAAAGCGUAAACAGUUUUUUAAUGUUGGUAUUUCAUUGGAGAAUAGUGAGAUGUCUAUUUAUGUUAUGUUGGAUAUACAUUUUUUUAUUUAUAUUUAUUAAAAAGGCAUUUGAGAGACUUACACAAAGUAAAUUAGUGUAUUGCUUUUAUUUUGAAGUGAGAAGUUUGGGUAGACCCUUUUAUUUCUCAUAAUAAUAAUAAUAAUAAAUUGGCUCCAUCCUCACUGUCAUCUUCAUAAUCAUCUCGUUUUCAUAUCCAUGUUAAACAUUUUCAGCAAAUGUAAUUAUUUCCUUCAGUCUGCUGUAAAAUACAUGACACCUGUUGUAUUGCAUUGUAUGUAUUUAUGACAUGCAAAAUAAAUAUUUUUAUGUAUCUGUGUUGAGAA